GUUACCUUCUCCGAUUCUGUUUCUGUUUUUAAAGCGAACUCGACUGCUACUGCCACCCAAUCACCAACAACUUUUCAUUCAAAGUGUUUGCGCGUGGCAGGUUUUUCUCCCCGAGGCGUUUCUUUUUAGAAAAUCACCAAAACGGACCCGAACGAGGACGACGAACAACGACCUUCCCUCACUUCUGCAAUCAUGAUGUCGAUGAAUAGCAAACAGCCUUUCAGUAUGCACCCCAUACUGCACGAACCCAAAUACACGCCUCUGCACUCCAGCUCAGAGGCCAUCCGCAGGGCCUGCCUGCCCACUCCAUCGCUUCAGGGCAACAUCUUCGCCGGCUUUGAUGAGACUUUGCUGCAGAGAGCCGAAGCUCUGGCCGCUGUGGACAUUGUGGCCCAGAAGAGCCAUCCGUUCAAACCGGACGCGACCUACCACACCAUGACCACCAUGACCAGCAUGGCCUGCACCCCAACCUCCUCCUCCGCGCACCUGCACCACCCAUCCGUGCUCACCUCCCACCACCACCACCAUCACCCGGGGCACCACCAGACGGCACAAGGUCUGGAGGGAGACCUGCUGGACCACCUCACACCGGGCAUCUCCCUGGGAGGCAUGCCUGGCUCAGACGUCUGCUCCACGGCCUCGCACACCGCCCACAUGUCGGCCAUCAACCACAUGCAGCACCACCACCAUCAGCAGUCUAUGAACAUGCACUCACACGGGCUGGGGUCCCACGGCUCCCUGGGGACCGGCGGCGUAGACGCUGAGCCUGAUCCCCGGGAGCUGGAGUCGUUCGCCGAGAGGUUUAAGCAAAGGCGGAUCAAACUCGGGGUGACCCAGGCGGACGUGGGCUCGGCCCUGGCCAACCUUAAGAUUCCGGGGGUCGGAUGUCUGAGCCAAAGUACCAUCUGCAGGUUCGAGUCCCUGACGCUGUCUCACAACAACAUGGUGGCCCUGAAACCCAUCCUGGAAGCUUGGUUGGAGGAGGCGGAGCGGGCGCAGAGGGAGAAGAUGGCCAAGCCGGAGAUCUUCAACGGGGGCGACAAAAAGAGGAAACGAACGUCUAUCGCCGCCCCGGAGAAGCGCUCCCUGGAGGCUUAUUUCGCCGUGCAGCCGAGGCCCUCGUCGGAGAAGAUCGCCGCAAUCGCCGAGAAACUGGACCUGAAAAAGAACGUGGUCCGGGUUUGGUUUUGCAAUCAGAGGCAAAAGCAGAAACGAAUGAAGUUUUCUGCGACGCACUAAGAUCCGCGUUUCCAAAAAGACUAAUCAGAGACAAGCUGCUGCUGCACACUGUCAGAAAAAAACAAGGUACACCGUUGUGCCUUUUUGUUCCGGGGCCGGAGCUGUUUGACACACAUCCAGGGCCCGACAAGUAUUUUAAUAGGCUAUCUUAGAGUCUUAAGAUAAAAGUUUUUAAUUAAGUGAUUUUGGCUUUUUCUGAAAUGAGCACUGAAAAUGUAAGCUGCUUCAACGCUCCAUUGGCUGAAUUUGUUAUUUAUUGAAGGAAAAAACACGUUUUCUUACCAAACAGUGGACUAAAUGUCUUGUUAAGAUUCAUUAGGCUUCAGUGUUGUCCACCUUGUAAAGGAGAAGCAUUCACAGACGU